GCGAGUUGAUCGCGCACACCUGUUCAAUUUGAGAGACGGGUGUAUAGGUUGGUUGAGCUGAGGGAGUUCUCCAUAAAGUUUAGACGGAUUGAUUUACAAUGGAGACUCACCUCCACUUGACUAUUGUUCUUCAUUACUGGACCUCUAUUUUACUACAACUUUUGAUCGGCGGACUUUCACUUGGAUCGUUCCCGACUACGUCAAACCUAGCUGACGAGUUUGGCGAUUCCACUUUGUACCAACAUGACAGUAUCUUGUCGCCCCUUCUGAAGGCGCUGACCGCACAGGGAGAUCCAUGGCGAGACACGACCCCAAGAAUGAGACCCGAGUCGAGAUAUGUUCGAUACAUGAAAAGACUGUACAGGAUGUCUUCAAGACAUGAGAGGAGUUCUGAAGGGAACAACCACUUGUACAACACAGUUCGACUGAUAACCCCGCGGGAUGAGUGCCUGGAGCAAAGCAAAGAGUUCUUCAUGCAAGACCUCUCCUACAAUCUUCACCGUGUCAGAGCCAAGGAGCAGCUCCUGAAGUCUGUCCUGCUGUACUCUUUCGACCAAGAGCAGGCCACGUCCAUGACUACCCUGUGUUACCUAGAUGUGAAAGAGCGGGAUACCCAGGAUCAGUGUCCUCUCUGCCCCAGCACCCAUCACUCAGUUAACUUCCUGUUCCACACGGACCGCAGGAGGAAGUGGGUUGAGGUGGACGUCACAGCAUUUCUCCAACCUCUCAUCCAGUCCCACAAGAAAGACAUCAACCUGUUGAUCAACCUGACCUGUGUGGAGGGAAGAGGCAGAGGGGCUAAGGGUGGAGGAGAGGAGCGGAGUGGUAGGGGCCCCGUGGAGCUCCACCUGAGGUCUCCGUCCUUGCUCCUGUACCUCAACGACACCAGUGAGCUGGCACACCGAAGAUGGCUGCCCACCAGGUCACGAGGUCAUAUGAGGUCAGCCAAUGAGUUGGACACCUUAGAGAGCCUGGCGGAGUUCAAACCAGAGCGAAGGGUCAGCCGGAGCGAGAGGAGGAGGGUGAGGAGAGAAUCUCCAGAUCUGUCGACGAACAACGCAGGAGGCAAAACGAGCACGAAGACCGUCCUCCCUGACCUCCUCCUGAGUUCUGACUUCCCUACGAGCGACUGUGCCUUGUACGACUUCAGAGUGAGCUUCAGUGAGCUCAAACUGAGCCAUUGGAUCAUUUUCCCCCACAGGUACAACCCCAGGUACUGUAAAGGCACCUGUCCCAGGGCUGUGGGGUUCAUCUACGGCUCCCCCAGACACACCUUCUUCCAGAACAUGAUCUACCACAAACUGGACUCCUCUGUACCACGGCCUUCCUGUGUUCCCUCGGAGUACAACCCCCUGAGUGUCUUAACCCUUGAAGCUGACUCCAUCGCCUACAAGGAGUUAGAUGAAAUGAUCGCCACGAGGUGCACGUGUCGCUAAAGGCCCACCUCCAGGGUCGGGCUCAAUUCCAUUUCAACUCAGUGUGAAACUGAAAACUCUAAACUGAAAUUCCAAUUGUUGUCAGUGCUUUUCAAUGUAAAAAAAUCCUCUUGCUCUGGCUGAUCCUUAGCUCCGGGAAUUGACUGAAUUGAAAUGGAAUUGACCCCAACCCUACCUCCCCUACUGCCUGAUGACGUUGUUUUACCAGCCUCAACACUUUGACCGUUAACCUACCUUCUGCUUCGACUGCCACUAGACUUACUCCAUCCUCCUCAAGCCCUUGACUUUAGUGACUUUUUCACAUUAAAUCGGCUAAUUGUAACAUCCUGGUCUGGUGACUCCAUGUCAAAACAUCAGUGCGUGGAGUUCGAUUUGAUCUAGAACAGAUGUAUUUACUUACUUGCCAAAGUAGUUUUUUUAUCUAAAUGGAAAAUAUGGCAUUGAUUUCCCUUUGUUUAUGUGAAGUGAUGGGCAGGAAUGUUGUGAACACUUCUUAUCCCCCCACUUACUGUUUGUUUGUUUGUGAUGUGCUUUUUGCAUUGCGUUGACAUACAUGGAUUGAUUAUUAAUGAUUUUUAAGUUAUUAUUUUUGUUAAUUUAUUUUGGGUGUUCUGUCAUCUUUAUUCUCUAUUCUUUCACACUAACUGGUGCAUCUGUUCUGGACAAAAUAUGAAAAAAGUGGUCUUUAAAUACUCGUAUCAAACACUUUUUUACGUUUUUAUUUUAUUCCUGGGGAUUGCAGACGGUUGUUUCAUGGACAACCUCUCUUUUCAUAAGGUCCAGAAUGUAAGUUAUCUUUUAUGGACAACUUGAUGUUUCAGUGUGUAUUUAUUACCUUGGGUCAUGAAAUGACUGCAUACCUAUAUGAAUUUGUAUUGACAAAUGUAACUAAAAUGCCUGUAGUCUAUUUAUGCAAAACAAAUUAAAUGUACUGUACGGUCUUGUUUGGCUCACUGAUUAUCAAAAAAUGAAUAAUUAGAAAAAUAUUCAUUA